AAAUGAACUACCUAUAAAAAUAGUCCAAUUAGUAAAAUAUCUCCUGUUAGUUGCUACCGAUGAUGAACAUAUACAAAAAGUUAAUUGGAAUUUGCAUUCCCGACAAAACUAAUCUGCAUAGAAUUGCAUGUUUUGGAAUUGCUCCAUUUGAACCAAACUGAAGAAGCCUAUAUGUCUUCUCCAGAGAGAAGCUUUGACACUUAAUACCUCCAAAGCUCCAACCAUCCAAUUUUUAAGAGUCUUUCGAUAGAUCCCACAAGAGUUUGGAACUUGAAUAGUAGUCAAAUAAACAUGAAGAUUAUAGGCCGGUUCUGAUUUUGGAGAGGGAAGAGUCUAGUCCUCAAUUCCACUUGUGCAUAAAUUUACAUAGAAACAGUAAAUCAAGUAAAAUGAUACAACUUUUGGUGAUAAAUAUCACAUAACUGUUAAAAAAAAUUAUUUUUAGUAUACAUGAAAUUUUAGAGGUUAUAGAUCAUUUAGUAAAAGUUCUAAUUUUUUUUUUCACAAUUUGGAUCUAAAUUCUUAAAUUUUUUGAGGUUAUAAAUCAAUGUUUCACUUGCCUAGAUCUAAGACCCAGUCAUAUUUACUUAUAAGGCAUAUUAAUAGUUUAAGUUUAUGUAACAAAUUUGUAAUCUCAUUUUAAUAUAAAGGAAAUGACGUUGAAAUCUGUUAUUUACUUAAAAUAAAUAUCCAUAUCUUGUUAUUUGCUGUACAUUAACAUUAAAUAAAAAUUAUAUAGAGAGAAAAUAACGAUGAGGGUGUUUUUUGUUUACAGAAACAGAAUUCAUUUAAAAAAGGAUCCAACUGUAAUUACGACAGACAAGCGGAUCCAGUUGAAGAGUCUUUGUCGGGGCUCCGACAGUCUUUAAAGUUUUACUAAAAAUAUCCCCAAAAAAAUUCAAAAGCCGUUUGCUUUUUUGAAAGUUCCAUGGCGGAUGAGAAGGAGAUCAUCGAUAUUUGUAGCUCCGAUGAGGAAGACGAAGAAAACGAUAUAAAUGGCGAGACCAGUGAAGAAGACGAGGGAGAAGAAGAUGAUGAUGAUGAUGAAGAAGAAGAUGAUGAUCGGAGCUUGAGUGGAGAUGAUAGCGAAUGGAGUGAAGAUGACUCCACGGAUUCAAAUUCAGACUUCGAUGAUGACGAAGAUGAAGAUGACGACGAAGAUGAUGAGGAAGAUGAUGAAGACUCUCUUGUAGAUAAAGUCACUCGCCUGCUCAAGGGUUUAUCUAUUUAGGGUUUAUGAAUCUUGAUUGCUAUCAGUGUCUCGUUGAACUUGUAUGGACUUAUUAUUAAAUAUUAUAAAUGUAACGAUUGAUUAA